UUGAUGUGUGCUGUGUGUACCACCACAGUUCUAGAUAGGUGGUUAGAUGUGCAUCGGCCGGUCGAAUAUAAAAAAAAAAAAUCUCUCGCAAAAUCUCUCAUUAGUCGCAAAUAAAUUCGGUAUAUAUAUAUAACAAAACGAGCGUAUAAAUGCAUUAUUCUUGAUAAUUGGAAAAAACGUGUGGCCGACCCGAAGAUGUCGAGCGAAAACGACAGCGAAAUGGAUUGCUCGGAUUCCGAUUCCGGAGAUCCGGGUUACGAGGAUUAUUACAAUAUUCAACCGUGGGGUGGUGAGAUUGACAAUGACGUUGAUCCAGAGCAAAAUAGAAGAGACAUAGAAUACGCGGUGUUCGACUGUUUGAGAGUGGAAGAAGUUGAGCGACUUUUAAACGAGAGUGUGGAGAAACUCAGCAACAGUCUUCACAUUACGCCGUCUCUAGCCAAAGUGUUGUUACAUGGACAUAAUUGGGCGUCGCAGGAUAUUAUCAUAAAAUAUCGUAUCAAUGCUUCCAGUUUGUUGAUCACUUCUAAGAUCAAACCCAUUCCCGAACAAGUGCCAGGAUUGAAGAGUCAGAGGGGUGGUGUAUGUUCGGUUUGUGUUACGGUUUCUUCUGCAGAUAAGUUUUCCACACUGACAUGUGGACAUUCAUUUUGCAAAGACUGUUGGUGCAUGCAUUUCGAAGUACAAAUCACACAAGGUAUAUCCACUGGUAUAAGCUGCAUGGCACAAGAUUGCGAUGUUUUAGUUCCCGAGGAUUUUGUUCUCUCCUUACUGACUAAGCCUAACAUGCGAGAAAGAUAUCAGCAAUUUGCCUUCUGUGAUUAUGUCAAAUCUCAUCCUCAACUACGCUUCUGUCCCGGUCCAAAUUGCCAAAUAGUUUUGCGCUCAAAGGAACAGAGAGCUAAGAGAGUAAUGUGUUCAUCAUGUAAAACUGUAUUCUGUUUCCGAUGUGGCAUGGACUAUCAUGCACCUACCGAUUGUAAUACAAUUAAGAAGUGGUUGACAAAAUGCGCAGAUGAUUCCGAGACGGCUAACUACAUUAGUGCUCAUACCAAAGAUUGUCCAAAAUGCCAUAUUUGCAUAGAGAAGAACGGCGGCUGCAAUCACAUGCAGUGUUACAACUGCAAACACGACUUCUGCUGGAUGUGCCUUGGCGAUUGGAAAGCACAUGGCAGCGAGUACUACGAAUGCUCGCGUUACAAGGAGAACCCCAAUAUUGCGCACGAAAAUGUUCACGCUCAAGCGAGAGAAGCUCUGAAGAAGUAUCUUCAUUAUUACGAGCGGUGGGAAAAUCAUAGCAAGUCGUUAAAGUUGGAAGAGCAUACGUUAGAAAGUAUCAAAAUGAGGAUCAAUAAUAAAGUAAUGAACGCGAGCGGUACAUGGAUAGAUUGGCAACAUCUGUUCGAGGCGGCGUCGCUUUUAGCGCGAUGCCGUUAUACUUUGCAGUAUACGUAUCCGUAUGCUUAUUACAUGGAAUCCGGACCACGCAAAGAACUGAUACUAGCUGGGAUUUGA